AUGGGCAACCAGGAGGGCCGGGCCCGGCGCGGGGCGGUGGGCUCCUCGGGCUCCGCGGAGGCCGGGGAGGGGGCCCCGGCUCCGUGCGGGCCGGGGGCCGCUCCCCCGGGGGCCGGGCCGGGGGCCGGGCCGGGGGCCGCUCCUCCGGGGGGCUCCCCGGGGGGCGGGCCGGGCCGGAGGGCGGCGGGCGCCAAGAGCCGGCGGCCGGAGGGCCGGGGCUCCUCCGUCUUCUCCAACCUGCGCAUCCGCAAGCCGCUGGCCAGACCCAAGCCCCCCGCCGCCGCCGCCGCCGCCGCCGCCGCCGCCCCGCGGGGCCGCAGGGACCACAAGGACGACGACCACCGCCACCGCCACCGCCACCAGCACGCCCAGGAGGCCGGGGAUGCUGCUCCCCCGAGCGCUGCUGGGCGGAUCCCUGCUGGGCCCAGCGCCGCGCCCAGCGCCUUGCGGGGCCGGGAGGAGGAGGCCGCGGAGGAGGAGGAGGAGGAUGCGCGGACCCCGAGGCCGGGGGAGGCGGGCAGGCCGGAGGGCAGCCCGGAGGAGGAGGCGGAGGCGGCGGCCGGGCCCGGGCCGCUCAGCUCGGGCUCCGACACCGACCUCCUCAGCUUCCACUCGGCGUCCGAGGCGGAGGACCUGCUGGCCGACAUCCAGGAGGCCAUCCUGCAGAGGCGCGACUACCACAACGUCUUCACCGGGCGUACACUCUUGGAGAAGCUGUUCAGCCAGCAGGAGAAUGCUCCCCCAGAAGAGGCGGAGAAGUUCUGCUCCCGGAUCCUCGCCCUGGGCCUGCUCCUGCCGUUCAGCGACUGCUUCCGGGAACCCUGUCCUCAGAGUGCCCACCCCCCAGUCACCACCACCACCUUCGACCAAGACCAGCUUUACACCUGGGCGGCAGUGAGACAGCCUCCACACUCGCUGGAUUUCCUGGGAGAACAAUCGCCCCCCGAUACCGCUCAACAGCCCCAACCUCCUGAAGCAGUGGAUGCUGAAGAGUGUCAAGGCGCGGAUCUGGAGACCCAGAGGCCAGGCCCUGAGUCCGUCUGCCCGGCAGAGGAAUCCCCGGAGUUGAAUCCCGAGGAGAUGGAGAGCACGCAUGUGAUCCAGAAGCUGGAGAGGACUAUUGAGCACUUGAAGACAAAGCUAGCCCAACUGGAGCAGCAGCAGCAGCAGCCGCUGACGACCACCCCCUGCCCCUUAGAGUCCAGAGACCCCCCAGAAGGGGAAAGGGACCACCCGGAGGGAGAUCCCGGCCGGCCGGAGCCCCACGGGGCCGAGGAGCCCAUUCUGGCCCAGAGGAUUUUCCGGGCGCAGUCGGUGCAGACAUCCCCCACCGAAGAGAUGCCCCCCGGCCCUCUCCCGCCGGCCCCCCAGACCACGUUUUGCUCGGAGAUCUCCCUGAUCGUGUCCCCCAGGUUGAUAUCGGUGCAACUGAACGCCAGCCAGCCCCCACCGCCCCCCGGACUCCCGGCUUCCUCUCUGACUGAGGACGGGCCUAGCCCGGCCCAGCCGGCUUCGUGGCCUGCUCCCUUUCCUCCCGUGGCUUCCCCGGGCCUCGUUCCUCCCCCUCCGCCCCUGCCGGGGACCACCUUGCCACCCCCGCCUCCUCCCCCUCCUCCUCCCCCCCUGCCGGGCACCACGAUGCCACCGCCUCCCCCACCAGCCACCGUGAUGCCACCGCCACCGCCCCCUCUUCCAGGCGCCAUGAUGCCACCCCCUCCUCCCCCUCUGCCAGGUACCAUGAUGCCACUGCCACCCCCUCCGCCCCCUCUGCCAGGUGCCACGGUGCCACCACCACCGCCGCCCCCUCUGCCAGGUGCCACGGUGCCACCGCCACCCCUUGCACCCCCUCUUCCAGGUGCCAUGGUGCCACUGCCACCCCCUGCGCCCCCUCUGCCAGGUGCCACAGUGCCACCGCCACCCCCUGCGCCUCCUCUGCCAGGUGCCAUGGUACCACCGCCCCCCCCUGCACCCCCUCUGCCAGGCACCAUGAUGCCACCACCACCACCCCCUCUUCCAGGUGCCAUGAUGCCACCUCCGCCCCCCCCUCCACCCCCUCUUCCAGGUGCCAUGAUGCCACCUCCGCCCCCCCCUCCACCCCCUCUUCCAGGUGCCAUGAUGCCACCUCCACCUCCCCCUCCGCCCCCUCUGCCAGGCACCAUGUUGCCACCUCCCCCUGCCCCACCGUUGCCCAAUAUGGUGAUACCCCCAUCCCCUCAUUUGCCCCCUCCAGGAAUGCCGCCCCCACCCCCUCUGCCCGGCCUGGGGGUACCUCCUCCCCCGCCCCCUCCGCUCCCCGGAGCCGGCCCGCCGGCCCAGGGCCCAGGUCCGCCCCCGUGUCCGCCGCUCCAGCCAGGAGGCCUCCUCCCCCCGCCGCUGCCUGCCGGCCUGUUGGCCGUGGGGAUGAGCCAGGAGAAAGGGCACCGGAAGCAAGCCAUCGAACCCUGUCGACCCAUGAAGCCACUCUACUGGACAAGGAUUCAGCUCCACAGCAAAAGAGAUCCGAACACUUCCCUGAUUUGGGAAAAGAUCGAAGAACCGCCGAUCGACUGGCAUGAGUUUGAGGAGCUGUUUUCUAAAACGGCGGUGAAGGAGAGGAAGAAGCCGCUCUCCGACACCAUCACCAAGUCCAAGACGAAGCAGGUUGUCAAGUUGUUAAGCAACAAAAGAUCCCAAGCGGUUGGAAUAUUAAUGUCUAGCCUUCAUUUAGAUAUGAAAGAUAUACAGCAUGCUGUGGUGAACUUGGACAACUCGCUGGUUGACCUGGAGACCCUUCAAGCCCUGUAUGAGAAUAGAGCCCAGUCAGAUGAACUGGAAAAAAUAGAGAAGCACGGGCGAUCGACGAAAGAAAAAGAAAACGCCAAGUCUUUGGAUAAGCCUGAACAGUUUCUCUACGAACUGUCUCUGAUCCCCAACUUUUCAGAGCGAGUGUUCUGCAUCCUGUUCCAGUCCACCUUUUCAGAGAGCAUCUGCUCCAUCCGCCGCAAACUCGAGUUGCUGCAAAAGUUGUGCGAGAUGCUGAAAAAUGGGUCAGGGGUCAUGCAGGUCCUUGGCUUGGUGCUGGCCCUGGGCAACUACAUGAACGGUGGGAAUAAGGCCCGGGGACAAGCUGACGGCUUUGGCCUGGACAUUCUGCCCAAGCUGAAGGAUGUGAAGAGCAGCGAUAACAGCAGGAGCCUCCUUUCCUAUAUUGUGUCAUAUUAUCUCCGCAACUUCGAUGAGGACGCAGGGAAAGAACAGUGCAUCUUCCCUCUCCCUGAGCCUCAAGACCUCUUCCAAGCCUCCCAGAUGAAGCUCGAGGAUUUUCAAAAGGACCUACGGAAGCUCAAGAAAGAUCUGCGAGCGUGCGAGACCGAGGCAGGGAAAGUGUACCAGACGUCCUUAGAGGAGCACCUUCAGCCUUUCAAAGGGAGCAUGGAGCGAUUCCUCAUCCAAGCAAAAAUCGACCAAGAAGCUGAGGAGAACUCCCUGUCAGAGGCUCAUAAAUGCUUUUUGGAAACAGCGGCCUACUUCUACAUGAAACCAAAAAUGGGAGAGAAGGAGGUUUCUCCCAACGUGUUCUUCAGCCUCUGGCAUGAGUUCAGUUCUGACUUCAAGGACUCCUGGAAGAGAGAGAACAAACUUAUUCUUCAGGAAAGGGUGAAAGAAGCAGAGGAAGUGUGUAGACAGAAGAAAGGAAAGUCUCUUUACAACAUAAAGCCGAGACACGAUUCAGGAAUAAAAGCGAAGAUCAGUAUGAAGAUCUGAGCCCAGACCAGGAGAGCUGCAGCCCACCCAGUCCUCCCACCGGGAAAGGCGACUGCGUCUCUGCCCACCCGGACUCCCGACCCACUGGCAGUGACGUCCGCCACCCUGCACCUAUUCGCCCGGGGACGAGAGGGACUCGGCAGCCAUACGGAAAAGCCAACUCGCCAAGGGAAAGCCCUCUGGCCUCCACGUGCCCUCUGCCCUCUCCAUUCCCCCUGCCCUUCCUGUUCCCUCUGCCCUUCUGCUCCCUCUGCCCUUAUUGUUUCCUAUGCCCUCCCAUACUCUCUGCUCUUCCCAUGCCCUCUGCCUUUUCCAUUCCCUCGGCCCUUUCUGUUCCCUCUGCUCUUUCCGCACCCUCUGCCCUUCCCAUGCCUUCUGCCCUUCCGAUCCCUCUGCCAUUCCAGUCCCUCUGCUCUCCCAUGCCCUCUCCCCUCCUCCCUGUCCACAUCUUCCACCCUUCCCAUUCCGUCAAACCCCCUCUAAAGAUGGCAGUGGGUGCAGGAGAUGAAGUAUGUGGUAUCACAGGCAAUGUCGCCCCAGCCAGCCUCACCUGGGGCAAGACAUUUCUCAAAAGUCCUCAGUGCACAACCCGGCCGCUUCCCUUCCCUGUGGAACAGAGUAUCUCCCUGGGGGCCGCCGGGCAGCCUUCCUUUCACGUCCGCGUCGGUGUUCCGUAUUUUCCAUCCCCAAGUGCUGUCGACACGGUAUAACCACUGCUUUCCCAGCUAUUUUGUUGCCCUCCAUGGUUGAAUAUUUGUGGACCCACAUGCUUAUCCUCUCUACUUUGAAAGUCAGUAAGGGCCAGAGAGAGACUAAGGGGAGAAAGAGAAGAGAGCAACAAAAGGCAAAUCCCCCUGGGAGUAGUAGCCUUGGGCCUGAAACGGAAUCGGGGGUUUUCCAGUCAGCGAGCGUCCCUGUCUCCAUCCCGAGUGUCCUGGUCCACUGACAGAAGUAGAAUUUGGAAGCCCAUCUGCCCCUUCUGUACUUCCAGCAACCUGGAACUUCCCCUUUCCAAGUCCCAAGGAGUUUUCUCCAGUGGCAUCUUGUAAGCCAGGUGGGCACGUGAACGAGAUUUGAGCCGGGAGCGGGCUUCAUGAUAAAACAGCCAAAGAGUUUGCCGUGGACAAAUUAUUCCGGAGGGUGAUUUCCGUUCAUCAGCCGCAACAUUUCCCAACCUUUUGACUGGGAAGGACCGUCCACUUCGACACCAACCCGUCCAACUGAACGGAUUCUCAGCCCGCUCUUCGCUCAGCCCCGUCCUCUCCCAAGAAAAAUUAUCUUUUUUUUUUCGGUUGGAGUGAAAUUUUCUAGGAGGAGUGUGGAACAACGAGACAUCUCCCACAAGCUGGACUUGAAGCUCUGUUGACCCACAAUGAAAUGAAUCGCUGCAUGAUUUGAAAUCUGACCCAAUCUGGUUUAUUUAUUUUUUUAAAUCUAUCUUGGUUUCAGGCGGCACAGACUAAAAGUGAAAUGUCCACCCCAGCCCCCAGCUUUUAGAAGGUGGUAAUAUUACAAGUGACUUGAAGGAAGUAACGUGAGAAUGUGAUAAUCUGAUGUUUAUUACCGGACAAAGUCCUAGAAAAAGUUCAAUUUUUGUUUCUUUUGUUUUAACAGAGAAAAAAAAUAAUUCAAGCCUCCAUCCUUCUGAUGGAGCUAAGGAAAAAUCAGCGAUGUGCUUGUACUUUAUCCUGGCAGACUUAGCCCAACCAACAAUUGAUUUCUCAAAAAAAAACAAAAACGAGUGUGGUGGAUUGGAAAUAAUGCGAUUUUCCAGGGGAGAGGGAAUUUGAUUUCAGGUCUUAGCCAACAUCCGGAAAGCAACGUAAAGUCAGACCUACUUCAGGGGCACGGAUUCAUCACCACGUUGGUAUUUUUGUCAAAUAUAGAAGGGCGCUCUCAAAGUUUUGCAUUUAUCUCAAUUGCAAAACGACAGACAGCUGCAUGUGUUUGCUGGAAGCCCAUUUUGUUUCCCCUCCAGAACCUCCGAUAUGUAUAAUACCGUACUACAGUGACGUAAUAGGACACUUAACAAAGACCGCUAUGUGCAAUACUGUAUUUAGUGUUUCUAUUUCAAUUUUUUUGUAGAAUGUUAAUUUAUAUGAAAAUAAAACGAA